UUAUUUUAUUUUAUUUUAUUUUAUUUGGCGGGGAGGGGGGAGGGGGUGUUUCUUUGACACAUUCGUUGUAUGACCACUUGAAUACUUUCCUCUCCUUUAAAGCAGUAAAGAAAUGGCCAGAGGAGAAUGCGCCGAGCAAUACGGGGCGAGCUUACUGCUGAGUGCGGACGGAGUCAGACCGGAUACGAAAAAACACCAGAAAAAGCGCCUAUCGGUGUGCAGUAAGCUGUGUUAUGCCAUUGGCGGGGCGCCCUACCAGAUCACCGGCAGUGCUCUGGGCUUCUUCCUCCAGAUCUACCUAUUGGAUGUGGCCCAGUUGGAUCCAUUAUACGCCUCUGUCAUUCUGUUUGUGGGCAGGGCCUGGGAUGCAGUGACAGAUCCAACAGUGGGUUUCCUGGUGAGCCAGACCAAAUGGACCCGUUUUGGCCGCAUGAUGCCCUGGAUACUGCUAUCUACUCCCUUCGCGGUGCUGAGCUACUUCCUCAUCUGGUAUGUUCCUUCAGUGGAACAGGGGAAGGUCCUCUGGUACCUGAUCUUCUAUUGCCUCUUCCAGUCAAUGCAAACGUGCUUCCACGUGCCCUACUCGGCCCUCACCAUGUUCAUCAGCUCGGCUCAGAGCGAGAGGGACUCUGCCACCGCCUACCGUAUGACAGUGGAAGUGCUGGGCACAGUGGUUGGUACAGCCAUCCAGGGGCAGAUAGUCGGUGGGGCCAUUGCCCCCUGUGUCCCAACCGAGUUCAACGUGUUUGACAACGGAACCUUGUCCCAAAUUGGGUCCGAGGUCAACGUGUCCUACAAAUCACUGGAGCAGACGAAAAGGGCUUACUUGAUUGCCUCUGGAGUCAUCUCCACCAUCUAUGUGCUCUGUGCUGCCAUCUUGUUUAUGGGUGUGAGGGAGCAAGAAGAGAAGCGAUGUUCAAAGACGAAGCCCAUCACCUUCUGUCAGGGCCUGAAGCUGGUGAUGGGUCAUGGCCCAUAUGUCAAACUGGUCAUGGGCUUCCUCUUCACCUCUCUGGCCUUCAUGCUACUAGAGGGCAACUUUGCCCUUUUCAUCACAUAUGCCCUCGGCCAUAGAAACGACUUCCAGAAUAUUCUCUUGGUCAUUAUGUUAUCGGGAACGCUGUCGAUUCCAUUUUGGCAGUGGUUCUUGACUCGAUUUGGAAAGAAGACUGCAGUGUACAUUGGCAUCACGUGGGCAGUGCCCUUCAUGAUCCUGAUCAUUUCCAUCAAGAGCAAUUUGAUUAUUUCCUACAUGGUCUCUGUGGCAGCAGGUGUGAGUGUGGCAGCUGCUUUCCUACUACCUUGGUCAAUGCUUCCAGAUGUGGUGGAUGACUUCAAGGUGAAGAAUCCAGACAUCCGCGGCCAUGAGGCCAUCUUCUACUCCUUCUAUGUCUUCUUCACUAAGUUUGCAUCUGGAGUAUCCUUGGGCAUCUCUACCCUCAGUUUGGACUUUGCCGGGUACAUAACCAGAGGCUGCACACAACCGGAGGCUGUCAUUUUAACCCUAAAGGUACUCGUCUCUCCUGUGCCAGUGGCUUUUAUCGCUCUGGGACUGUUGAUAUUCAAGACCUACCCCAUCAACGAGGAGAAGCGGGAAAGCAACUGCAAACUGUUGCAGGAGAUACUGGACAUUGAACGGGAUUCCGACGUAGAUUCUGCAGAGCAUGGCAGUGUUGUGUAGGAGUCUGAGACAGAAGAGAAGCCAGUCCUAACAGCCUCUACUGUUGGGAGGAUUUGCUCAGGCUGUCAGGAGGGACAAGACCACCAGGGAGACUGGACAAGGCCUUGUGUGUUUUUUUUUUGGGGUUUGCCAGACUAACAGAGGAGAGACCACGGACCACUCUGUGGCCCUCUGCACUGAGGCCACAAGAAUAUAUCAAGCCUUCCCCACUGCAUCACAAAGGGUAACAGGGCCCUCUAGUGGACAGCUAAAGUUAGCAAGUUUGCAACCCGAGUCUCUUCUGAUAGCCUUCAUCUGUGGUUUCUGUAUUUUUUGUUGUUUUUUUAUAAGACUGGACAUUUACACAUGCUAUAUAAUAAUGGAAUGUGAUGUAGUCUAAACCAACAAGACCAACUGGCAAAGCUGUACUUUUUCUAGACUUUUCAUUCAGGGAUGAUCCUCUGGGGGGAAUGUCCAUUGAAUGCCCCUUUUUAGGGCACAUCAGCAACUAUUCCAUCUAUUUUGGAGUUGUAUAAAGCUAUGUCAAUGUUAUGCUUAUUACAGAUUUGCGUUGCUGCCAUUAUUUGUGAAUGAGACAAAACUACAGUAAAGGCAGUAAGGAUACUGAAGAUUGUGUCUGGGAAAGGUAAAGGGUCUUUUUAGCACCACUAAUUGAGUUCUGGUGUUUCUAGGUAAAAUACUGUUCUGCCUUACAAGCACAUGUAUUAUAGUUCUGUAGUUGCAAUGAAAUUUUCUAUUGAGCUUGUUUUCACUUAUAUUCUGUAUUUGGUUGAUGGUUUUCCUUAUGCAAAACAAAAAGGGUUUCCUUGGAUGUAAGCAUCGUCGGGGAAGUGCUUUAAAAACAUGAUAAUCUAGCUUCAUCAAUGUUGACAGCCAUUUCUACAUGCUAAUAUCUUUUGCCUUGGCACAGUGGUCCACACUUUCAUGCAUAACUUCAACUGAAAGCACUAUGUUCACUUUCUAAGGUAAGGGAGAUGUUUUAGCUAACUAUUUAUCUUAAGAAAUCACUCAAUCCGAGGGACUAUCAUUUGUCUACAAAACGUUGAAUGGUACAAAGUCCAGAAUAUUUGUAACAUGAAUUUAUGAAGUUAGUCACAGUUGUGUAAAUAUCGGGAUGAGAAGCGCAGUUUGGUUUUUUUGUAAAGACGGCAUAAAAGAUAGGCUGUGUGUGUGUGUGUGUGUGUGUGUGUGUGUGUGUGUGUGUGUGUGUGUGUGUGUGUGUGUGUGUGUGUGUGUGUGUGUGUGUGUGCGUGCUUAGGCAAUCUAUGACUGGACCUACAUGAGUAAUUGUCAGGUACCAGGGGAAACUUAAAGCAUUAUCAGAAUAGCGAUGACGUAAUCUGCAUCAGCCAAUUUUGUAAAUGGGCUGAUUUUUCUCCAUUUCUUUCUCCAGUAUCAGUUUUACAUUCUUAAUUUUUCAAACCCUUAACAAUAUGACCCAGACCCAAGCCGAGUUUACUAUCAUUAGACAUAUCAGGACCUCUGCCCCACUUCAGAUAGCAUUAUUUAAGUGCAGUCAUCUGUCAAACCAAGUUCUUAAAUCACUGAACUACAACACGUCUUUAAAUCAAAUAUCCACAGUCAUUUUUACUGCCUGUGACAAAGCACUUAAUUUAUAUGCCCCACUUGUGUAUUUUGCAACUGCUGUUUAUAAUGUAAAUUGUAAAUAUUUAUUAACCCACAACGAGACAAUGAUCAGUUUUAUGUUGAAGAACAUGGCAAAUUGUGCAGUAAUUUGACUUGUCAAUAAAGCCAAGCAAAAAGAGAAAAUCACUAUUGAUUUCGCUGCUGGAGCAACACACUACAGCUGCAGAAUCAGGCUGCAACAUGUCAGUAAUGUCCAACAGCUAAAAGUCUAGGGCCUGAUAACGAUCAGGGGCAAGGCUGUUUUCAAGCUUCUUUUUUUUUGUGUACUGGGCUACUGAUGUACUGAGAAUUUUCCCAUUUCUAGGAAUUUGUCUUUGCGAUGUUCAUACAGAAACACUGACAUAAACAUGGUAAAAUAGUAAAUGGA